CUACGCUCUACUGGCCCUUCGGCUCUGUUUCCGCCUUGGUUUUGUUUUGGGUUUUGGCCUUACUACCUCAAUUUCUUUUUCACUCAUUGGGACAGCUCUAUCUCGUCAAUUGCAUCUUCUAAAACCACUAAACCUUCUUUGUCUCUUUCACUGUCAUUCCUUCUGAGAAAAGGGUACCACAUGGUUGAUAUGUAGAGGCCAAAACCGGUCAACUUUCUUUUCCUCUUUACUCCACUCUUCCUCUAUAUGUGUACCUUCAAUCCCCCAAGUUUUUGAGGGUUUUCCCUCCUCAAUCUUCCUCAUUCUCGACAAUGGCCAGGAUUUCCCUCGCUUUUGCUCUCGUUUUUCUUCUUCUUUUUGGUGGGGUUUCUCCUGCUUCUGCUUCGCCUCCUGGAAAAAUUGUUCGUGGGGUUGUUUCCAAUGUGGUUUCUUCUCUUGUGAAGAAGUUAUGGUCGAUGAAAUCCACUGCCAAAACUGCUGUUUCCAGCCGUUCGAUGAUGAAAUUUGAGAGUGGAUAUACGGUUGAGACGGUGUUCGAUGGCAGUAAGCUGGGAAUCGAUCCUUAUUCGGUCGAGAUGUCGCCUAGUGGGGAGCUGCUGAUCUUAGAUGCUGAAAACAGUAACAUCUAUAAGAUCUCAAUGCCAUUGUCUCGAUAUAGCAGACCAAAACUGGUUUCAGGAUCUGCAGAAGGAUACCCCGGACAUGUUGAUGGCCAUCCAAGAGAAGCGAGGAUGAAUCAUCCGAAAGGGCUUACUUUGGAUGAAAGGGGAAAUAUAUACAUUGCAGAUACAAUGAAUAUGGCUAUCAGGAAGAUUAGUGACACUGGGGUUACAACUAUUGCUGGUGGAAGAUGGAACCAAGGGAGUGGUCAUAUUGAUGGUCCUAGUGAAGAUGCAAAGUUCUCAAAUGAUUUUGAUGUUGUUUAUGUGGGAAGUAGCUGCUCUCUUUUGGUCAUAGACAGAGGAAACAAGGCGAUUCGAGAGAUUGAACUUAACUACGACGACUGCAAUACUCAAUACGCUGAUAGUCUCAACUUGGGGGUAGUGUUGUUGGUCGCUGCUGGUUUGUUCGGCUAUCUGCUUGCUCUGCUCCAACGUAGAGUGCAAGCAGUGUUUUCUUCACCAAAGGAUGAGGAUGUAAAAAGUCAUCAAAUGAAGAAGGCUGCACAAGCUGCCCAAUAUCAAAGACCUCCUCUCAAGUCAGUCAGGCCUUCCUUGAUUCCGAGUGAAGAUGAACCAGAGAAACUGGAGGAAGGAUUCUUCGGUUCGCUUGGGAGGCUUUUCGUCAACAGUGGCUCGUCUGUAGCCGAUAUUGUUGGGGGAUUUUUGCCUGGAUUUCGAAGGAAGCCUCUCAAUAACCAGAUCCAUCAGCAGUUUCAACAAGUCAACAGACAUCCAAACUCUUGGCCCUUGCAAGAAAGUUUUGUGAUUCCAGAUGAAGACGAGCCACCAUCCAUUGAAACGAAAACUCCGACAAUAAAAAAAACGUAUCCAUUUAUGACACAAGACCUCGAUCGAUCUCAUCAGUUCAAGCCAAACAGAAACUACUUCAAUGGGUGGGACAAUGGUGGUGAAUUCCAUCAACAGCAGCAACAGCCGCAGCAGAUACAUCAUCAACAGCAGCAGAUACAGCAGCAGCCGCAGCAGCAACAAAUACAGCAGCAGCAGCAGCAGAUGCAACAUCAUCAGCAGCAUCAUUAUCAGCAAUAUCAGCAAUAUCACCAUCGACAAUACUCUGCAGGCCCGACAACAUACUACGAGAAGAAUUGCGAGACGAAAGAAAUUGUGUUUGGUGCAGUUCAAGAACAAGAUGGACGCCGUGAAGCUAUGGUGAUCAAGGCUGUUGAUUAUGGAGAUCCAAGAUAUAACCAUCACAACAUUCGAGCUCGGUACAACUAUACUGGUAAUCCCAACUCUUAUUGACAAGAAAUAAAACAUAUAUCUUUCAAUGCUUUGAGUUGGUGAAUUGGGGAAUAUCUGGGGGAGGAGUAGAUUCAGGAGUUGGAUAUGCUUUCUUUGUUUGUGCCACAAGUCCAAACCAUGUUUUUAUGGCGAGGACUGAGGAAUGCUAGUCUUCAUACAGUUGUUCAUGCUUCAUAUUUGUCGUAUUCAUAUCAUCGGUCGAAAUUAAGGAUACUUGUACUUGUUAAUGUUGUAUGCAUAUCGUUAGUUCAUAUCAAACGUUCUUCAUA